AACAAAGCCAAGAUAUGCUGCAGCCUUUGCCUUGAUUUGCAAAACGAAACAAGGAAUAAAGAAAAUUUCACCAGCACACGCAUAUAGAUAGGUAGUUAGUUAAGCUUUCUUCAUCAGCUGAUUGAUGCCGCAUUUCUCAAGUCAUGACUGGCACUGCAAAAUAUAAGAGCCACGUUUGGUAAUCAUCACACUUACAUAAUCCUGACGCAACAUUUUUUUUUCUUUUCUUCCUAGCUCCUAUAUUAACGGCAGGUCUUCAUCGCCCUCUUGGUAUUCCUCUCUAUGAAUAAUUAAGUAUAGUCUUUGUGAAGAUUGCGUGUAUGAGAAAGACUUUUCUUAUAUUGUCUGUCUUUCUUUCUAAUUUCUACCAAUAAUAAUGACUUCCCCUAAAAGAUAAGAAAACUAUAACAAAUAUAAAAACACAAAAUUAAGAAGACAAGUUGAAGAAGAAAGACUAGCUCAUCAUCAUCUUGAAAAUCCCAUGGGAACUCAUGAACGUGAUGAUCUCAAGGAAAUUACUACUACAACGCCAGAAAUGUCAAACCCGGGAGGCGGAGAAUUCAGGACACCACCUACUAAUGGUGGCGACGACCAUAAUCAUUCCAGUAAUAAGCACACGGCUAAUAAGAAUCCAUCAUUAUCAGUUGCUGAUACCAGCAGCAACAAGAUGAAAAACUUCUUUUCUUCGGAUGAGCAUCAGAAACAUCGAGAGGUUGGAGGUCGAGAACGUGUCUCAGUUGACCUUUACAAUCCUAAGCAGCACCAGGAUCAUAUGAAGAUCGAGUUAGCCAAAACCGAACCCACCACCACCAAUAUCAGUAGUACUGGAUUAGUAAACACUAGUGGUGGAAUGUUAAUCGGAUCGAAAUUUGAAGAAGAUAAACUAGUGGUGCAAGAAGAGAAACCCAAGAUUCAAUUGAUGAGUGCAAUGCGAGUAGAGCUGGAGAGAUUGAAGAAUGAAAAUCAGAUGCUGAAGAGCAUGUUGGAUCAUGUCACCCACGAUUAUACUACCCUUCACUCUCAACUACUUCGCACGAUGCAGUCCCAGAAUAACAAUCAACUGGAUCAUCAUCAUGACCUUCUACAGAUCAAUUGUGAUCAGAGAUACAACACCACGUCAAAUUCAGCUUCAAGGAAGACAUUGUCUGUCCGGCAGUUCAUGGAUCCUAAUCCAUCCAAGGGUGCGAUACUGAAUUUAGAUAUGAACGAGCCAUCUCACUCUGAAGCUGCUGCUACAGAUGAUGAUCAUGAGAUGACAACACAACAACCAUCCACUUCCGUUACUAAUUAUAUUGAAGCUGAGGAAUCUGUAUCCAAAGAAUACCAUCUUUUUUCUGAAGAUGUUGCUGCCAACAGCAGAAAGCGACCUACCAUGAAAGAAGAAACUGAGGACAUCAAUGACCAAGUCUACAGAAGUAACUUGAAGAACCAAAAAUCAGCGCAAUCGAAGAGCAGCGGCAGCAGUGUGGAAGAAGAAGUCCCUCCUGCUGCAGUUGCUGCUUGUAGGAAAGCGCGAGUCUCUGUCCGAGCACAAUCUGAAGCACCUUUGAUAAGCGACGGAUGUCAAUGGCGAAAAUAUGGACAAAAGAUGGCCAAGGGUAAUCCUUGUCCACGUGCUUACUACCGGUGCACAAUGGCUGUAGGAUGCCCAGUGCGGAAGCAGGUGCAGAGAUGUUCCGAGGACAAGACGGUUCUGAUUACAACUUAUGAAGGAAACCACAACCACCCUUUACCACCGCAAGCCACAGCAAUGGCUCACACAACCACUGCAGCUGCUAACAUGCUCCUCUCAGGUUCAACCAUGAGCAACAACAGAGAACCAACUCUCUCAGCAAGUCUCUUCUCUUCACCAUCAGCAGCUCCUAUAUUCCCUUACAACGCUAACAUUGCAACUCUGUCAGCCUCUGCACCAUUUCCCACCAUCACCCUUGAUUUGACCACCACCCCAAACGUCCACCACCAACACCACCACCAAACACCUCCUCCAGCCGAUCCUAGACAAUUCCAACGACAACCCUUGUUUCCACUACCUUUACAAGCUUACCCUCCACAUUCUCAGUCGCUACUGCGGCCUCCCUAUUUAGUUAAUCCUCCUAAUCCUCUAAGGGUUGCAAGUGCUAUCCCAUCAGCGCAAUUAGCAACUCAGCAGCAGCAGGGAAUGGUUGAAAUGGUCACAGCAGCAAUUACCUCGGAUCCAAAUUUCACGACAGCCUUAGCCGCGGCCAUAUCAUCAAUUAUGGGUGCACCCAUGCGCAAUACUCAUGAGCUAAACAACAGCAACAACAACAAUAGUAAUAACAAAAAUAAUUCAUCAGCUUCAGAGGUAACCACUGUACAGCCUGCCUUACCAAAUCAUAUGCAUCCGCAUACCAGCUGCCCCAAUACUUUCAAUCCUAUGUAGACUAUAAACUUGUAUCGUAUUAGUUAUAUGUAAAUCAGUAAAUGUGGUACCAGUAUAUUUCUAGAUUCAAAUUUAUUGCUACAUCAUUUUUUUACAAGUAUAAAAACAUAUCGUAGUUCAAAGAGCUUUCAUUUGAAGGCUGAAUGAGGUACAGAUUAUUUUAAUACCUAUGUAUCAUGUAAUUAACUAAAUUAAGGUAUACAUUUGUGUUUGGUUAUCUUCAAAUGCUUAAACUAUAUAUGUUCUGUCCA